AUGAACAAGCUAACAGCCAAGGUGGCUCCGUCCUCUUCAGCGGUCGCUCCUGCUGCCCUCUCACCCCCUCUCUCUCCAGAUGACGCGGCGACGGAGGAUGGGACCGUGUCCGAAAUGGCGGGGUGUGAGGGGGGUGGUGCGGCGGGGUGCAGCCAGCGGUGCCCAUUGGCUGGAAUCAGACGGGUGGCAUGGGGGGUACUGCUGGGGGGAGCUGUGGCACUGACCUGGACCGCCAGCACACACAACGCCAAGCUGGUCCUCCACAGACUCCAUGCCCCCUUCUUCAUCACCUGGUUCUGCAGCACCUGGAACCUCUUUGUCUUCCCUUUGUAUUACCUGGGACAUCUCAUCAGCGCGGACCAGAGGCAGUGGCCAGUGACUCGGUUCAGGGCGUGCAGCGAGGCCCUGGUGGGCGAGGCGGUGCCUUUGCGAACGCUCUUGCGAGGCUGCGCCCCCUUCUCGGCGCUGUGGAGCCUCUCGGGGUACCUGCACCUGCUGGCACUCUGCCGAAUCUCUGGCAGCGACGCCAGCGCCGUGCUGUGCUGCAGCCAGGCCUUCUCCUUCCUGCUGUCCUGGGUCGGCCUGCGGGAGCGCUUCAUGGGCGUCCGGAUAGUGGCAGCUAUCCUCUCCAUCACUGGAAUUGUCAUGAUGGCCUAUGCAGACGGUUUCCAUAGCGACUCCAUCACUGGGGUGGCACUUGCGGUGGGCUCAGCGUCCACCUCUGCCCUGUACAAGGUGCUGCUGAAGCGGAAGGUGGGGGAGGUUGGUCCGGGCGUAGCCGGCGUGCUGCUCUCCUGUGUGGGCAUGUGCAGCUGUGCUCUACACUCCUGGCUGUGUGUGCUGCUCUACCUCACGCACGUGGAGUACUGGCCCUCCUCCCAACACAUGCCCUGGGACGCGCUGAGCACCCUGGCCGCGCUGCUGCUCGCUUUCAAUGUGUUGGUGAAUUUGGGGGGAGUGCUCACGUACCCUGCCUUCAUCUCUCUGGGGGUCCUGCUCAGUGUCCCAGCAAGCACGGCUGUAGAUUUGUACCUGACUGAGGCUUCCCAGCUCAGCCAGGUGAGGCUGGCCGCUGCAGGGAUCAUUGGGACUGGGUACCUUCUCCUGCUGCUGCCAGAGCAAUGGGAUGAUAGGGCCCUUCGGUGGCUGGGAGGACUAUGGCACGGCGGUUGGUACGACGACAGUUUUGCGGGAGAGGAGAUCGACAACGAGGAAGCAAUCGGCGCGCGACCGAAGCCCAAAACCGCGAACGUGACAGCACUGUCCUGAUGUGACGGGAAAAAAUGUGGUCCUAAUUAAAUCCAGGCUCACACUAUCCUAACCCCUGUGAGAAUCCUUCCAAUAAAAUUAAACGUGUCACGCAUUCUCAUGCUCCUCGCCAACAUCUCACCGACCACUACGGGAAACUCCCGAACAAAUCGUUGAACCGCACACACCUACAGGGUUAUCCGCGCGACCGAACUUCUGCGCAGCUCCGCCUGCUGAACAGAAAUAAGCAACAGCUGGCUGUACAGACCACAAGCGCUAGUCUGCAGUCUUGAAAA